AUGGCCGCUAAGGCGCAGGCUGAGUUCCUCGCCUCUGGCGACCUGAUAUCACGCCUUGCGUCUAAUACGGCACAGCCUCUUGUCAUUGAUCAGGCCCUGCGUGAGGCCACCUUUGCUCUUUGGAUCAAGGUUGACUUUUCGGAAAGCAGUCCUUGUGCUGCUGACAUCCUGAAUCACGUCUACCCUGCCAAGCCCGAGCGGGACAUUGCUCAAGACUACGCUUCCGUGUACCUCUUCUUCUGUACUCAGGCGGCGCGGACUUACAAUGACCCCUAUAGUCGCCGCGGUCACGGGGAUCGAAACCCGGACUGCCUCGUCUUCUCCAAAUUUCUACUCUGGUCUGAAAACAUGCUCCAUGCACUUUGUCACACCGCUCUUCCAUAG